GACGCGUCUGAGAGCCACUCGAGCCCGGAGCCUGUCCUGCCCUUUGGGGGUGAGGCCCCCCCGGCACGCUCCAUGGAGCCGGGGGUCUCGAAUCCGCUGCAGGAGCCCAGCCCGGCUGACGCCAUGACGCCCGAUGACUUCGACAUUGUCAUCGAAGCCAUGCUGGAGGCGCCCUACAAGAAGGAGGAGGCCCAGGCAGGACCCUCGAAGGCGCCGGCUGAAGCCCCCGCGGCCCAGCCCCCAGAGGAGCAGAGCAAGGAGGUGAAGAAGGAGAGUGCUAGUGGCAGUAGCAGCAGGAAAAAGAGGAGUCGGAGCCGGGAGCACAGACACAGCCGGGAUCAGGAGCGGCGGCGGCGCAGCAGCCGGAGCCGGGAGCGCCGGAGCCGCCACAGGAGCCGGAGCCGGGAGCGCCGGCGGGGGAGCCGUUCCCGGAGCCGGGAGCGCCGGCGCGAGGAGAGAGCGCGGUACCGCAGUCCUCCGCCCCCUGGGCGCCGGUUUGGACACAGUAAGAGCCCCCUGUACCGGGAGAAAAGCCCUGUGCGGGAGGCGCUGGGCAGCCUAAGCCCCGAAGAGCGGGACGCUCGCACCGUGUUCUGCAUGCAGCUGGCCGCCCGCAUCCGCCCCCGCGACCUCGAGGACUUCUUCUCCGCCGUCGGCAAGGUGCGGGACGUGCGGAUCAUCUCGGACCGGAACUCGCGGCGCUCCAAGGGCAUUGCCUACGUGGAGUUCUGUGAGAUCCAGUCGGUGCCGCUGGCCAUCGGGCUGACGGGGCAGCGCCUGCUGGGCGUGCCUAUCAUCGUCCAGGCCUCCCAGGCGGAGAAGAACCGGCUGGCGGCCAUGGCCAGCGCCCUGCAGAAGGGCAGCGGGGGGCCCAUGCGGCUCUACGUGGGCUCCCUGCACUGCAACAUCACCAAGGAGAUGCUGCGCGGGAUCUUCGAGCCCUUCGGCAAGAUUGACAGCAUCGUGCUGAUGAGGGACCCGGACACCGGCCAGUCCAAGGGCUACGGAUUCCUGACGUUCGCGGAGGCAGAGUGUGCCCGCCGGGCGCUGGAGCAGCUGAAUGGGUUCGAGCUAGCCGGGCGCCCCAUGCGUCUGGGGCACGUCACCGAGCGGUUGGACGGCACCACGGACAUCUCCUUCCCCGAGGGCCCCGAGGAGCCCGAGCCUGGCACCGGCGGGGGGCUGCAGCUGCUGGCAAAGCUGGCCGAAGGCUCUGGGAUCCAGCUGCCGGCGGCUGCUGCGGCUCAGGCUGCUUUGCAACUGAACGGCGCUAUCCCGCUGAGCGCCCUGAACCCCGCCGCCCUGACAGCCCUGAGCCCGGCGCUGAACCUAGCUUCGCAGACGCUGGCGUCCCAGUGCCUCCAGCUCUCGGGGCUCUUCUCCUCCCCGGGCAUGUGA